AUGGCCCAUUCGCUUGAAGCCAAUGGAGAAGCGUAUUUAGCGGCAGUGGCCGCAGCUGCAGCAUAUUCUAAUGGUGCCCGAUCAGAGAAUAGUUAUGAACAACAUGCUUUAUCAACCAAUCCCUAUAGUCAAUCAUCUCACUUAUAUGCACUGCCAUCAUCAUCAAACACCAGUUCUGAAACAACGAUGAAAAUGGAAAAAGAUCUUAUUUAUAGUCACCCAUUAUUCCCAUUAUUAGCCGUUAUAUUUGACAAAUGUGAAUUAGCAACAUGUUGUCCUAGAGACUCAGGAAAUUCAAGUUAUGUCUGCUCAUUAUCGUCAUUUAACGAAGAUAUUAAUGAAUUUACAAAACAGUUGAGAAAAGAACAUUCCUGUUAUUCAUCGAAUGGCGAAUUAGAUAAUUUGGUACACGAAUUGUGUGAUAAUUUUUGUCAACGUUAUAUAAGUUUAUUAAAAGGUAAAAUGCCAACUGAUAUUGUUCUGGAUGAUCAAGAUACAAUAUUUUCAAAAUCUGAUGAUGAACAAAGUCAAGAUGGAUCGAAAUCAAGUGAUGAUUUUGAAGAUAUUAAACCGGAACGAUCAUUGUCCAGGUGUUCACCGACGCCUACACAUCGUCAUAUUGUUAGUCACAUUCAACAACAACAUUCAAGCAGCUCAUCUACAUCAGACAGAACAACACCAAAACCAAGUCCAAAUAACAAUAAUAUAGUCUCCCAUUAUGGUGAUAAUAUUAGUGAAGCGGACAAAAGUAGUGAAAAUUUAGAAAGUUCAAUUUGUUCAGGAGAUGGUGAAGAAGAAAAUGAUGAUCUCAUAAAACGGCGACAAAAGAAACGUGGUAUUUUUCCGAAAUCAGCUACAAAUAUUAUGAGAGCAUGGUUAUUUCAACAUUUAAGUAAAUUGAAUAAAGUUGGAAUUCGAAUUAUCACACCUGAAUAUAAUGAUUUCUUAACGAACAAUCCGUAUAAUCCUGAUGCAUUUUUUGAUGCUUCUCGUCAAUAUGUUUAUCAAACAGGAUGUGCUGCUACUCCACAAUAUCUCAAUCGUUUAUUGGCUAGUCGUGCAGGCGAACUUCGAAAUGUUGAAAUAGUUAGUUUAUUACCGCUCGAUGAUACCUACACGAAUCCAGAUUUUAAAGACAGUUUUUUUAUUAACAGUUUAUUUAGUUCAGUACAUGUGCGACAAAGCAUUUUAAACGGACACGGAUCAUAUAUUCCAGUUUUUUUAAGUGAAAUACCAAGACUAUUUCGAGAACAAAUUUUACCGUUGGAUGCUGCCUUAAUACAGGUAUCUCCACCUGACAAACACGGUUAUUGUUCGUUAGGUGUUUCCGUCGAUAUCACAUUAUCUGCCGUUAAAAAUGCAAAAAAAAUUUUUGCUCAAAUCAAUCAAAGGAUGCCACGCAUACAUGGUGAUGGAUUUAUUCAUAUAGAUAAAAUUGAUUCGUAUGUGGAAUACGAUGAACCAUUGAUUGAACUUGACUACAGCAGAGAUAUAUCUGAAACAGAAAAGAAAAUAGGACAAUAUGUUGCAACUUUAGUUGAGGAUGGGAGUACUUUACAAAUGGGUAUGGGUCCCGUACCGGACUCUGUUCUCAAAUGUUUGAAUAACCACAAAAAUCUUGGUUUACAUAGCGAACUGAUUUCAGACGGGGUAAUACCACUCAUGGAAAAUAAUGUAAUUACAAAUAAGAUGAAAAAAAUAUUUCGUGGUAAAAAUAUUUGUAGUUUUUUAAUGGGAACAAAAACUCUUUAUGAAUACGUUAACGAUAAUCCGAAUAUCUUUGCGCUCGACGUUAGUUUUGUGAAUGAUCCAAGUGUAAUUAGACAAAAUCCAAAAGUGUGCGCAAUCAACAGCUGUUUGGAAAUCGAUUUAACGGGACAAGUAUGUUCUGAUUCUCUGGGUACGUUACAUUAUUCAGGUGUAGGUGGUCAGUUAGAUUUCAUACGCGGAGCAGCAUUAAGUUCAGGAGGAAAACCUAUUCUGACAUUACCAUCUCAAACGUCAAAAGGUCAGUCACGUAUAGUAAAUACGUUGAAGGAAGGUGCUUCUGUUACCACAACUCGUGCACACGCUCAUUAUGUUGUUACCGAAUAUGGAAUUGCCUAUUUAUUUGGAAAAAACUAUCAACAACGGGCUAAAGAAUUAAUUAAAAUUGCACAUCCAAAUCAUCGAGAACAGUUAGAAAAAGCUGCAAUGAAACGAUUUAAAAGGAUCUAUUAA